GAAGAUGGCAGCAGUUUCUCCUCACAUGUCUGCCACGGGGCAGAAAGAGUUAGCAGGAGGUGCUUGCACAUACAGCAUAUAUGGCCUUGCAGAAUGUUUCCCAAAAAUGUCAGCUGCCAACUGUAGUGACUGUUUAGAGGAUUUGCUGGUCGUACCUUUUCUUCAUGGACAUCAGAGCGAGUGGAGAUCUUCUUUGACGUGCAGCUACAGGUUGGAGCCACGCCCCUUGUUCGAUGUUGGCAAGGGCGGGUUAGCCACCCCCGGAGGAAAAAAUGGGAAGAAGCAGGUUUGGAUUGUGGUGGGUUGUGUUGCGGGCGCACUGAUAAUAUUAUUGGUCCUACUUCUACUUUGGUGGAAAUUGCCGGCUAAACGCCCUUCUGCCAUAAAGUUCUUUGAUGAUAUCAUAGCCAACGUCCAAGGAAAGACAAUUGUGAUGUUUUUAGACUACGACGGUACGUUAACGCCGAUUGUGAAAAAGCCUGAAAGGGCCUUCAUGUCCGAGCAGACGCGUAAUGCUGUUAGAGAACUUGCGAUGGCGUUCUCGACUUCAGUCGUCACCGGAAGGAGCUGUGAAAAGGCGAAAGGGUUCAUACAGCUCGACGAGCUGCACUAUGCAGGGAGCCAUGGGCAGGACAUCCAACUGAAUGACGGAACAGAUCCCUUCCAACCUAACAGCGAGUAUUUACAGAUAAUAGCUGAGGCCACAGAGCGUCUAAAAGAGGCUGUCAGAGAGAUCAAAGGUGCCAGUGUGGAAAACAACAAGUUCUGCGUUUCUGUGCACUACCGGGAAGUUCGCAGGGAAAAGGAUAAGGACUUACUUAAGAACAUCGUGAUGAGAAUUGUGACAGAAGAAUUUCCCAAUCUCAAGGUGACCAACGGUAAAAAGGUUCGAGAGGUUCGUCCAGGGCCGAAAUUCGACAAGGGAGACGCCGUCAAGUACCUCCUCCAGCAGCUCACCAACAAACAUAGCUGGGACAGCUCUCGGAUCUUACCAAUCUAUAUUGGUGAUGAUAAGACUGAUGAAGACGCUUUUAAGGUGCUUUCUGAGGAAGGUGGAUUUGGAAUCCGCGUCUGCAAGUGGCGCAAGAGGACUGCAGCUGAGUACUCUCUAAAGAACCCCAGUGAGGUGAAAGAGUUCCUGGAGAAGCUGGUGCGCUGGAGGAGAGAACAGGACCAAGUUUGAAUUCCUUGGAAGUUGCAACAGCCCAUUUGGAGCGGUGAACGCCCAAUUUUAGCGAAAGCGAACAUAGGAUGAAAGAAAUAAAACCAAAACAUUGCUGAAGCUGGUGAUGGAGAAGUUGACUAUAUAUUUUUUCUGUAGUAAGUACACA